UUCCCUCUUUUCCCCUUUGUCUCUCCCUCCCCUCUCGUUCUCUUUUAAACACAAACAAGUGCAAGUCCUGACAGGGAGCCUGAUGUCACAGUUGGCUGUAUUCAGCUGGAUCUCGUUCAGAGUCGAAAGUGGAGCAGAAGAAUCAGGUGUGCAUAAUAUACAGAGAGAGAGAGCGCGCACCUGCCAGAUGAAUUGGCUAUGGAGCGUUGGGCAUAACAUAUGUGAUGAAAAGGAAAGCACUUGACCAUGUGGUGGGGUUGUGACACCGUGUGUGACCCGACGAGCAGGCACAAGCAACCAGUGGACCGGACAGCUACUCUGAGACGCACUGCUAUGCACUCUGAAGAGAAACAACAGUCUUAGGUUUUAACUUCAGUUGCAUUUUUCAUCUAACUGCAGUUGCGGGAUUUAUGCACAACAGGAUAACUUCUAUUUGGGACCAUGGUUGGCAAGCAGGGGAGGCAAUGGAGGUCGAUGUGCAAAGGCCUUGUCCUGGGUACCCUACUCACUAGCUGUAUGAUCCUGCUCUACUGCCUUUCUGCUCCACAGGCCCACUUGAACCUGCCUGAGGGUCCAGUGCCUUACUCCUGUUCCCAUCGACCUGCUCAAGCCCACACCAGACUUUUCAAAAACAGCUCACACCAUUCACCGGGGCAGACAGGCACCUGCACUCCCAAAGUGGACAUCAUGUUCAUGAAAACCCACAAGACAGCUAGCAGCACACUCCUCAACAUCCUCUUCCGAUUCGGAGAGAAGCACCGGCUCAAGUUUGCCUUCCCAAACAGCCGUAAUGACUUCUUCUACCCCUACCCAUUCCAGCGCUCCCAGGUCAAGGACUACAGGCCUGGCAUGUGCUUCAAUAUCAUCUGCAACCACAUGCGCUUCAACGCACCUGAGGUGGCCAAGGUGCUUCCUACAGACACCUCCUAUAUCACCAUCCUCAGAGACCCGGCUGAGCUCUUUGAAUCCUCCUUCCAUUACUUUGGCCGCCUGGUGCCCAUGACCUGGAAAAUACCAGGCGAGGACAAGUUGGGGGAGUUCCUGCGCGACCCCCGCCACUACUUUGACCCCAAUGGCUUCAACUCCUUCUACCUCAAGAAUCUGCUGUUCUUCGACUUUGGGCAGGAAAACACUCUGGAGCUGGGCGACCCGCGGGUAGAGGAGGGCAUCCGGGCCAUCGCAGGCCGCUUCCAGCUGGUCAUGCUGGUGGAGCACUUUGAUGAGUCCCUCAUGCUGCUCAAGGACGCCCUCUGCUGGGAGAUGGACGACCUGCUCUUCUUCAAGCUCAACGCCCGGAAGGACUCCACCGUGUCUAAACUGACCCCGGAGCUGAGGGUCAAGGCCCUGCAGUGGAAUGCCGUGGACUGGAGGCUUUACCAACACUUUAACGUCACCUUCUGGAGGAAGGUGGAUGCAUACGGACGCCAGCGAAUGGCCGACGAUGUGGCGGAGCUCCAGAGGAGGAACGCAGUGAUGGCGGCAGUCUGUAUCGAGGGAGGCCAUGCUGUGGAUGCAGGGAGCAUCCAGGAGACAGCCAUGCAGCCCUGGCAGCCCAUCGGGGAGAAGUCAAUCAUGGGCUACAACCUGAAAAAUAAUGUGGACAAGGCCCACCGCAAGCUGUGCCUUAAGAUGCUCACCCCAGAGCUGCAGUACCUGACAGAGCUGGGGGUCAACCUUUGGAUCACUAAACUGUGGGGUCAUGUGAGAGACGUGAUCAACUGGUGACUAGAGGGUGAUUAGAGAGACACGAGCCAUGGACCAAGAGAGUGCGGCUGUGGGUGUGUGCCUGCUUGUGAGAGCCCCUAUUGGAUUGCAUAGCCUCCAAGGCCUGAAUACCUGCAGAAGAUCAUAAGGGGUUUGGUUUUGCAUAGCCUUCUCAAUCAUGGUAUGAUGAACUCUUCCUCUGUGUCAGCAGUAUUGACUUGUUUGCCUUAAAUACAGUACAUGUUUGCAGUAUGUAAUGCACCUGAUAGGUGCUUGAGAACCGCAGCGUUUGCGUUAGAAUCUGAAGAUAAGCAUAAGCAUCCCUCUUUAAAAUGUAUGUGUUUAUAGGUAUAGUAUACUGAAUACCCUUUAUACCCUCAGCCCUGCCAAUCUUAGAGUAUUUUUGAAAUAAAGACUAAAUUAAAAAGAUGUCUGUUGAUUUGACUUAUCAAGGUUGUUCGCAAAGUUAAUAGUUAAAAAAUGAUGUCUUGAUGUGCAUUUUGCUUUACUUUUCAAGACGUACAUCUAGAAAUCACAUCAUCUCAAUUUUACAAGUCAUGUUUGUAACAACAUAAUUGUAAUAACACCAGGUCAUGUAAUAACUUAUAAUAUUGUACUACUUUACUCCCACUUUAGAAGUCAUGUUUGUAACAACAGAUAAUUGUAAUAACACCAGGUCAUGUAAUAACUUAUAAUAUUGUACUACUUUACUCCCACUUUAGAAGUCAUGCUUGUAACAACAGAUAAUUGUAAUAACACCAGGUCAUGUAAUAACUUAUAAUAAUGUACUACUUUACUCCCACUUUAGAAGUCAUGCUUGUAACAACAGAUAAUUGUAAUAACACCAGGUCAUGUAAUAACUUAUAAUAUUGUACUACUUUACUCCCACUUUAGAAGUCAUGUUUGUAACAACAGAUAAUUGUAAUAACACCAUGUCAUGUAAUAACUUUUAAUAAUGUACUACUUUACUCCCACUUUAGAAGUCAUGCUUGUAACAACAGAUAAUUGUAAUAACACCAGGUCAUGUAAUAACUUAUAAUAUUGUACUACUUUACUCCCACUUUAGAAGUCAUGUUUGUAACAACAGAUAAUUGUAAUAACACCAGGUCAUGUAAUAACUUAUAAUACUGUACUACUUUACUCCCACUUUAGAAGUCAUGCUUGUAACAACAGAUAAUUGUAAUAACACUAGGUCAUGUAAUAACUUUUAAUAAUGUACUACUUUACUCCCACUUUAGAAGUCAUGCUUGUAACAACAGAUAAUUGUAAUAACACCAGGUCAUGUAAUAACUUAUAAUAAUGUACUACUUUACUCCCACUUUAGAAGUCAUGCUUGUAACAACAGAUAAUUGUAAUAACACCAGGUCAUGUAAUAACUUAUAAUAUUGCACUACUUUACUCCCACUUUAGAAGUCAUGCUUGUAACAACAGAUAAUUGUAAUAACACCAGGUCAUGUAAUAACUUAUAAUAUUGUACUACUUUACUCCCACUUUAGACGUCAUGUUUGUAACAACAGAUAAUUGUAAUAACACCAGGUCAUGUAAUAACUUAUAAUAAUGUACUACUUUACUCCCACUUUAGAAGUCAUGCUUGUAACAACAGAUAAUUGUAAUAACACCAGGUCAUGUAAUAACUUAUAAUAUUGUACUACUUUACUCCCACUUUAGAAGUCAUGCUUGUAACAACAGAUAAUUGUAAUAACACCAGGUCAUGUAAUAACUUAUAAUAAUGUACUACUCUUUCUGGAUUAUGUUAUAAAUCGCCAGAUAACGUAAUUGUUUAACAGAUAACAUAAUACCUUUUUCUUGAUAACGUAAUAAUAUUACAUUUUUCUGUGAUUAUUCUGUGAAUAAAAAAGUAGUAGACCAA